GCUGAUUAGCGUUCACUCAGCAGGCAGCGUACUCGGACAGACCGUAAGUUGUCGGAGAAUGACCAGUCCCAUUCAAGUAUCCGACACGCGCAGUUUGAUCGCAGACGAAAUGUACUCCAAUCGUUGCAGAAGCCUGAAUCCGCCGCGAAUCGAUAUCGAAGCUGCUACGGAUGCGGCCCAGCAGCAGCAGCAGCAGCAGCAGAUAUUCGAGGAAACCAAACAUUUGCUGAACAGUGCUGCGUCCGGGCAGCUGAGUCCGGUCACUUGUAGCCCCGGACUUAACAGCCCAGGGCUUUCUAAGAGCGCCACCCUGUCGGCCCGGUCGUCUUCUAGGAGAUUGAAAGGCUACCGCCCCAGUGUUUUCGUAAACCGAGCCCACAAGCGAGCGGUGUUCAAAAAUGGUUCGUGUAACAUCGAGGCGGUCACUGGCUCCCACCGCAACAUGCGCUUCCUCGUGGAUCUGUUCACCACCUUGGUCGACGCACGCUGGCGCUACACGUUGAUGGUGUUUGCGCUGGGCUUCAUGUGCUCGUGGCUGUUCUUUGCCUUGGUCUACUGGUUCAUCUGUUUGGUCCACGGUGACCUAGAGCCGGAACAUCUCCCGGAAAAUCAGGAAGCGAUUGGGUGGCACCCCUGCAUCGCUAACAUCUACUCGUACGCGUCGUGCUUUCUGUUUUCGUUGGAAACUCAGCACACCAUCGGUUACGGAGGUCGCGCUACCACCGAAGAAUGCCCCGAAGCGAUCUUCGUCAUGAGUUUGCAGUCCAUUCAUGGAGUUAUGAUUCAAGCUCUGCUGGCUGGUAUCAUCUUUUCCAAAAUGACUCGCCCCAAAAGCCGCUCCCAAACAUUAUUAUUUUCAAAAUCUGCCGUCAUUUCCGUACGUGAUGGUGAGCUAUGUCUGAUGUUCCGAGUGGGUGAUCUUCGCAAGAGCCACAUAAUCGGUGCCAAAAUCAGAGCGCAGUUAAUUCGGGACCGCACGAGCCGGGAAGGCGAAAACAUGCCACAAUAUCAGAAGGAACUUGAACUAUCGGUCGACGGGUGCGGACCGGAUCUGUUCUUUAUCUGGCCACAGGUCGUUGUACAUCGGAUCACUUCUCAGUCACCGUUGUGGAAACUGAGUCCAUUCGAGCUGCAGCACGAGCGAUUUGAGAUUGUGGUUGUUCUGGAGGGAACCAUCGAAUCAACCGCCCAAAGCACCCAAGCCAGAUCCAGCUAUCUGAACACGGAGAUCCUGUGGGGUCGACGGUUCGAACCGGCUUUGUCCUUCAGCAAAGAAAAGCAAGGCUACGUGAUCAACUUCUCCAAGUUUAAUGACACUUUUCCUGCCGAUACCCCGAACUGCUCAGCCAAAGAAUAUUCUGAAGGAAGCCAAUACUACAGUAACGAAAAUCUUUUGAACAACAAGCCAUCGUUCGAGUUCGGCAGCCUGGUGGAAAAGCUGGAGCAUUACCACAUGGAGAACGAACAGAACCAACAGCGGGCACCAAAAUUGAAGAGCAACAAAAGUGAUUCAACCAUUCAGUACCAGGGCCAGCACCAGAUGAAAAAUUCCAAUAGCAGAAACCAGAUAGCUACGGUGUAUGGCGGAGAGAGUACGAUGCUGUGAGGUGGAAUUUUCGGAAAUUCACCAUUGAUUACGCACGCCGUCGAGUCCACUCUCAAGCAAAGUACAUGCAGAAUGGAUGCGACUUAUAGAGUUUGAUAUUAUAGUGUGAGAGUGUUGCAUAGCUGCAGGAGAGUAAUAAUUUAACAAGUUCUUGCAGUUUUUUUAUAGCGUAUGAAUGAUGUUGUUUUAUAGGAUAAACAUAAAUGUUUGUACGAAGAGUUGAGAUCUGAAAAAUACAGUUACCGUUAACUCGUUCAA